CGCGUCCGCCUCGCCGCCGGCCCGCCCAGAUGGCCGCGUCUGCCUCCGCGUCCGGGUCCGGGGGGCAGAUCCAACCGCUCAAGAUCCCGGACGCCGUCGUCGCGCUCGCCCAGGCCGCCGCCAAGGCCAACAACAGCAGCAACAGCGCCGCCGCUGACGCCACCGACAAAUAUCUCCCCGGGUGGCCGCUCUUCUCGCCACCCAAGAUGCAGCUGACCAAGUGCGCCAAGUGCCCCCGAGAGUUCUGCUCCUCCGUCGCCCUCCGCCGCCACACACGCGUCCACCGCCGCGCCCUCAAGAUCGACAAGGAUUUCCCCAAGAACAGAGACCAUCUUGCUGCAUUCUGGGACAAACUCACGGUGGAUCAGGCCCAAGCAAUACUGUCUUUGGAGGGUGUGACUAUAGAGGAAACCAGUGCUUUAUUCAUUUUGACAUCAUUGUCGUCAUGGAUGUGUAAGCCGGGCUACGCUUCGUUGCCGCUGCCAUAUGCCAGAGCUGGCAAUGAACUUCUGGACCUUAUUCAGACAGCGUCUUCAAGACUGCCUAUCUCAUCAAAUGAACUAUUUAUCAUGCUCGACGAAGCAAGUGAGAACACAUUUCUUUGUACCAACGCAGCCGAUGCUGCCUGUGUACAGAAGUUCUUGUUUGAUGGGGAGGUUGACAAAAUCGCAACAGAGUUGAAAAACGUUGUUGCGUGCACUAGUUACAUCCUUGAACAGAAGCUGGUCGAAGCAUGGUCUGCUGAUAAGGCUGCUGAAGCGUUAAGAUGCCAGAAAUUGCUUGUGGAGGAAGAGGACGCUGCUCAGAAAAGGCAAGCCGAACUCAUGGAAAGGAAAAGGAUGAAGAAACUGAGACAGAAAGAACAGAGGUUGAAGGACCUCAAGGACGAGUAUACCACGGUCCAGUUACCUGAAGUGGUGGAUGGAGGGACAAGCUCUCCUGGGAUUCAGAGUCUCGAGGCUGUUUCAGGCCCUGGUCUCCAUGAGCAAGAGGAUCCACAGCAUCUUCGCUGGCCAGCACCAGUGCCUUCAGAGGAUAAUGGGUGUGAUGGAGAAGGUGCCAGUUGUGGUUCGGGACAAGUAAUGGACACUGGGGCUGUUUUCAGGGAACAAGCCAUGGCAGCAAUCAAUCUCGAGAGGGUAGAAAACCUUCCUCAGAAUAGCACUGUCUCAGCUUCUUCCACGACUGCGUCGAAGCAUCCAUCUUCAGUAAGGCACUCACGCCAUAGGGAACUGAAUGUUGGUGCAGUUUCAAACAAAAGCAAGACCUGGGCAUGGAAAGUGCGAACCGAUACGGAAGAACGGUGCCCAAAAGUCGAGCCAGAUGCACAUGCUAAUCAAGAGACGGCUCCGAACACGGACAAAAACUCGCAAGUGCUAAUAGGGUCAAUAAGCGUUGCGAUUGAAGACGACAGUACAUGUCUACAGGAUUCCAAGGAUUACACAGCCCCUGAAUCUCAUUUGAACACCCUGAACCAUCCAGUGGCCGAGGCGAUGCAGCCAGUUAGCCAUGAUGAGAACGGAUGCGAAGACACUAACGCAGCAGAGGGUCACUCUCCCGCUAGUGUGGUGACAGAUGAAAGCUGCUGCGGGGCAGAGCCGGCAGAGGGCGGAGGCCUACGUCAAGGCGCCGUGUCUUCUGGUCAAGAAGCGGCGGCCUUCCUUUCUCAAAGGUGGAAGGAAGCCAUGGCUGGGGAUCAUGUGAAGCUUAAAACAAAGGCAUCAACAGCAAAGUGUGUACACCAUUUUCCUUCACGGCUCCCUACCGGAGUUUCUUGGAGCUUCUUGGAGCUCUUGUCGCAGCAGCUCGGGAUCGAUCCACAAGACAAGAAACAAGAAACAAACAGUGCUCCGCCUCCGCCUCCAGUUCCAUUCGCCGGAGAUCGACCACCGAAGAUGCUGCCUUGGAUCUUCAGCCGCAAGGGCGCCUCGGGCUUCUCAUGGGCCUCCACCGCCGACCAGGUCACCGCCGGCAUCUCCGCGGCCGGGCUCACCGCAAUAGUCACCGGUGCGUCGAGCGGGAUCGGCGCUGAGACGGCGCGGGUGCUGGCGGCGCGCGGGGCCCACGUCGUCAUGGCCGCCAGGAACCUCGCCGCCGCAGAGGCCGUGCGCCAGGUCGUCCUGGCCGAGACCCCCGGCGCGAGCCUCGACCUGAUGGAGAUGGACCUCUCCUCCCUCGCCUCCGUCCGCAAAUUCGCCGCCGACUUCGCCGCCAGGGGGCUCCCGCUCAACAUCCUCAUCAACAACGCAGGGGUGAUGGCGACCCCUUUCUCCCUCUCAAAGGAUGGCAUCGAGAUGCAGUUUGCAACUAACCAUGUUGGGCAUUUUCUUUUGACACAACUUGUGCUGGAGACAAUGAAAAGGACCUCUCGUGAAUCAAACGUGGAAGGAAGAAUUGUUAAUGUUUCGUCAGAGGGGCACAGGUUUGCAUACAAGGAAGGCAUCCGGUUCGCCAAGCUAAAUGACGAGGAAGAGUAUAGCACCAUCGCAGCAUAUGGGCAGUCAAAGCUCGCCAACAUUUUGCACGCUAAUGAACUUGCCAGGAGAUUUAAGGAAGAGGGUGUUAACAUCACUGCGAACUCUCUGCAUCCCGGAGUUAUUAUCACGAACCUUCUUCGCCACCACAGCAUCAUAGCUGUCAUGACCCGGACGCUUGGUAAACUCGUGAUGAAGAACGUCCAGCAGGGGGCUGCGACGCCGUGCUACUUGGCGCUGCACCCGGGCGCCAAGGGGGUGUCGGGGAAGUACUGGAGCGACAGCAACCUGUACGAGGCGGGCGAGAAGGGCAAGGACGCGGAGCUGGGGAAGAAGCUGUGGGACUACACCCUCGACCUCGUCGCGGACUGACCGACCUGAAGAAUGCUGCCUGACCUGGUUUGGCUUGGUUUGCUUGAUCGGGGGCGAGGAGAGUAGGAGAUGAAGGACGUGCUGGAACUCAAGCCAGUGGUGUAAUGCAGUAGUGUACAACAAACAGCUGAGUCUGAGUGUGUAGUAAAAGUAAAACAGACAGAUAGAUAGGGAGAGAAUUUGGGAAAGUCAUGUUCUGCUCCUGAGCUCAUUUGAGUUCGGGAAGAACAGUAAGAUCAAAACAAAUGAAAAACUUUUCAAAGAAA